AUGUCUGCCCCCGCCCACAAGUUCAAGGUCGCUGACCUCUCCCUGGCCGCCUUUGGCCGCAAGGAGAUCGAGCUCGCUGAGAACGAGAUGCCCGGUCUCAUGCAGACCCGAGCCAAGUACGCUGCCGACCAGCCUCUCGCCGGUGCCCGCAUUGCUGGCUGCCUCCACAUGACCAUCCAGACCGCCGUCCUCAUCGAGACCCUGACUGCUCUUGGUGCCGAGGUCACCUGGACCAGCUGCAACAUCUUCAGCACCCAGGACCACGCCGCUGCCGCUAUUGCCGCCGCCGGUGUCCCCGUCUUCGCCUGGAAGGGUGAGACCGAGGAGGAGUACAACUGGUGCCUCGAGCAGCAGCUCCUUGCCUUCAAGGAUGACAAGAAGCUCAACCUCAUCCUCGAUGACGGUGGUGACCUGACCACCCUCGUCCACAACAAGUACCCUGAGAUGCUCAAGGACUGCUACGGUGUCUCCGAGGAGACCACCACCGGUGUCCACCACCUCUACCGCAUGCUCAAGGAGAGCAAGCUCCUCGUCCCCGCCAUCAACGUCAACGACUCCGUCACCAAGUCCAAGUUCGACAACCUCUACGGCUGCCGUGAGUCCCUUGUCGACGGUAUCAAGCGUGCCACCGAUGUCAUGAUUGCUGGCAAGGUCGCUGUUGUUGCUGGUUUCGGUGAUGUCGGCAAGGGCUGCGCCAUGGCCCUCCACGGCAUGGGUGCCCGCGUCCUCGUCACUGAGAUUGAUCCCAUCAACGCCCUCCAGGCCGCCAUGGCCGGCUACCAAGUCACCACCAUGGAGAAGGCUGCCAAGAUUGGUCAGAUCUUCGUCACCACCACUGGCUGCCGUGACAUUCUCACUGGUGCUCACUUCGAGGCCAUGCCCAACGACGCCAUCGUCUGCAAUAUUGGCCACUUCGAUAUCGAGAUUGACGUUGCCUGGCUCAAGGCCAACGCCACCUCCGUCCAGAACAUCAAGCCCCAGGUUGACCGCUUCCUCAUGCCCAGCGGCCGCCACAUCAUCCUCCUCGCCGAGGGCCGUCUGGUCAACCUUGGCUGUGCCACCGGCCACUCCUCUUUCGUCAUGUCCUGCUCUUUCACCAACCAGGUCCUUGCCCAGAUCAUGCUGUUCAAGGCCAGCGACAAGGCCUGGGGUGAGAAGUACGUUGAGUUCGCCAAGACCGGCAAGCUCGACGUCGGCGUCUACGUCCUCCCCAAGAUCCUCGAUGAGGAGGUUGCCCGUCUCCACCUGGACCACUGCCAGGCUGAGCUCAGCACCCUCACCCAGGUCCAGGCUGAUUACCUCGGCCUGACCCGCGAGGGCCCCUUCAAGGCCGACAUCUACCGCUACUAA